GGCGUGCUGCGGAGGAACGGCUGUUAGUUGUUAGCUGUGGGUAGCCGGAGGUUAGGGUGUCUUCUCGGAUCGGGGAACCUCUGCUUCUGGAGGAGCCAUGGCGCUCAGGGUCACUAGGAACACGAAAAUUAACACAGAGAAUAAGGCCAAGGUCAGUAUGGCAGGCGCCAAGCGUGUGCCUGUGACAAUGACUGCUGCUUCCAAGCCUGGGCUGAGACCNAGAACUGCUCUUGGAGACAUUGGUAAUAAAGUCAGCGAACAGGUACAGGCAAGAGUGCCUCUGAAAAAGGAAGCAAAAACGUUAGGUACUGGAAAAGGUACUGUUAAAGUCCUACCAAAACCUGUGGAGAAGGUGCCUGUGUGUGAACCAGAGGUGCAACUUGCUGAGCCUGAAUCUGAACAUGAACGUGUUAGAGAAGAGAAGCUUUCUCCUGAACCUAUUUUGGUUGAUAAUCCCUCUCCAAGCCCAAUGGAAACAUCUGGAUGUGCGCCUGCAGAAGAAUAUCUGUGUCAGGCUUUCUCGGAUGUAAUCCUUGCAGUGAGUGACGUAGACGCAGAUGAUGGAGCUGACCCAAACCUCUGUAGUGAAUAUGUGAAAGAUAUCUAUGCUUAUCUCAGACAGCUGGAGGAAGAGCAGUCAGUUAGACCAAAAUACCUACAGGGUCGUGAAGUCACUGGAAACAUGAGAGCCAUCCUCAUUGACUGGCUAAUACAGGUUCAGAUGAAAUUUAGGCUGCUUCAGGAGACCAUGUACAUGACUGUGUCCAUUAUUGAUCGGUUCAUGCAGAACAGUUGUGUGCCCAAGAAGAUGCUGCAGCUGGUUGGUGUAACUGCCAUGUUUAUUGCGAGCAAAUAUGAAGAGAUGUACCCUCCAGAAAUAGGUGACUUCGCCUUUGUGACUAACAACACUUACACUAAACACCAGAUCAGACAGAUGGAGAUGAAGAUUCUCAGGGUUCUGAACUUCAGUCUGGGUCGCCCUCUGCCUCUGCACUUCCUCCGGAGAGCAUCUAAAAUUGGAGAGGUUGACGUUGAGCAGCACACUUUGGCUAAAUACCUCAUGGAGCUCUCUAUGCUGGACUACGACAUGGUGCAUUUUGCUCCUUCUCAAAUUGCAGCUGGGGCUUUCUGCUUAGCACUGAAAAUUCUUGACAACGGUGAAUGGACACCAACUCUUCAGCACUACCUAUCCUACACUGAAGAAUCCCUGCUUCCUGUUAUGCAGCACCUGGCUAAGAAUGUAGUCAUGGUGAACUGUGGCCUUACAAAGCACCUGACUAUCAAGAACAAGUAUGCAACAUCUAAGCAUGCUAAGAUCAGCACGUUGGCACAGCUGAACUGUACACUAGUUCAGAAUUUGUCUAAGGCCGUGACAAAGGCAUAACUCCAAUGGACUGCUACAUUUGCAGAUGCAGUUGGCACCAUGUGCCGCCUGUACAUAGGACACCUACCAUGUUUACUUGCUCUUCAAUAAAGGUUGUGACUUCUUUUACAUAGCUUAACUCAUUUGAAUCUUGUGCUUCUGAGUUUAGGCUAAUGGAGUUUGUCGCAGAAUUUUAUUUUUAGGAGUAUAUUAAAAACUGCAUCUAGUUUUAAUAGUGGAUCCAACUAAUGUAUAUAUCUGUAGCCUAUAUGUCUGUAUACAUCCUUCAGUGUGUGUCCUUAUAUUAUCAUGUCUUCUGCCUCGCUCUAGUUUAAACUCUUAAUCUACCAGCUAGUCCUUUGUUCCAGUUUCCAGUGGUUGCCACCUUCAACCACAGUCUCUUGGGUUGUCAAGAUCUGAAACCAAGUAUCUUUGUUAUGUAAUUAUUUAUUUGUUCUUAAUUGGAAAAUAGGAUGUUCAAAAUUAAAGGUGUGUUUUAAAAAGAAUUUGCCCCCAAGUCUCAAUAUCAACAGAUAAGGGUGUACUCUUGUGUAUCCUGUAUAGAUAUAAUCAUGCACAUACUGCCAAGGAAAUAUUUUUAUAUGGGUUUAUCAUCAGCAUUCCUUUCAAUGCCUAUAUUGCAUUUCCUGGUGUGAACAAACUAUAUGUAAUAGAGUCAGUCAUUCCCUCAGGGGUAUUCAAGUGCAUUCUCUCAGUGCCCUCCACGGUGUUCUUAAAUGAUGUUUAAUGUCUUGCUUGGCUUCAUGCGUAGUGGCUCUCCCGGGGGUGUGCUUUCAGUUCUGACAGCCAGAUGGGUAUGGCCGCCACCAUACCAAGAUGCCACUCCUGUCUUGUAAUGUCAACUGGAAAAGAAUCCUGUCUCAUUUGAUGUUUUAAUUUAUACAUCUGAUAUCAAGUUGAAUAAAAUUUUAUUGAUGGAAAGCUUU